GGUGCGGCGGUGGCGGGAGCGUGCCCGGUCCCCGCCCCUGUUUCCCACUCUCCUUCCACCUCCGACCGGCCGGGGCUCCGCAGAGGCGACGCUUGCUAGUACCCGGAACCGCCCUGCUGCUGCUGCCUGCUUCCUCCGCUCGCGGUGAGCCCGUCAGUCCCUGCUCUGUGCGCGCCUCCAUCUGGGCCAUGGAUGGCGGGGAUCUGAUGAGCUUCUUUCUUCUGGCAUCAUUAACGGACUUUUUACCAUGAACAGUUCUACUCCUUCUACAGGUGUGUAUGCUAAUGGGAAUGACAGCAAGAAAUUUAAACGAGAUAGACCUCCCUGUUCGCCUUCCCGUGUUCUCCAUCUUCGAAAAAUUCCAUGCGAUGUCACCGAAGCAGAGAUCAUAUCAUUAGGUCUACCAUUUGGCAGAGUAACUAAUCUUUUGAUGUUGAAAGAAAAAAGGCAGGCUUUCUUAGAAAUGGCUUCUGAGGAAGCUGCUGUUACUAUGGUGAAUUAUUACACUCCUAUUACUCCUCACCUUCGAAGCCAGCCUGUUUAUAUUCAGUAUUCCAAUCACAGAGAACUUAAGACUGACAAUCUACCUAAUCAAGCUCGAGCCCAAGCUGCACUGCAGGCUGUCAGUGCCGUCCAGUCAGGAAGCCUGGCCCUUUCUGGAGGUCCUUCCAAUGAAGGCACAGUCCUACCUGGGCAGAGCCCUGUGCUUCGAAUAAUUAUUGAAAACCUCUUUUACCCUGUUACUCUGGAAGUUCUUCAUCAGAUAUUUUCUAAAUUUGGCACAGUCUUGAAGAUUAUCACCUUUACAAAGAAUAAUCAAUUCCAAGCUUUGCUUCAGUAUGCUGACCCAGUAAAUGCACAUUAUGCCAAAAUGGCUCUGGAUGGCCAGAAUAUCUAUAAUGCAUGCUGCACCCUGCGUAUUGACUUCUCCAAGCUCACCAGCCUUAAUGUGAAAUAUAAUAAUGACAAAAGCAGAGACUUCACUCGCUUAGACCUUCCUACUGGUGAUGGCCAGCCAUCCCUUGAACCCCCUAUGGCUGCUGCUUUUGGUGCACCAGGUAUAAUUUCUUCACCAUAUGCAGGGGCUGCUGGAUUUGCCCCAGCCAUUGGAUUUCCUCAAGCUACAGGUCUAUCAGUUCCAGCUGUUCCUGGAGCUCUUGGUCCUCUCACAAUCACCUCCUCUGCUGUCACUGGAAGGAUGGCCAUUCCUGGGGCUAGUGGUAUACCAGGAAAUUCUGUUCUACUCGUCACAAAUCUCAAUCCUGAUCUUAUCACACCACAUGGGCUUUUUAUCCUGUUUGGAGUCUAUGGUGAUGUACAUCGAGUGAAGAUUAUGUUUAAUAAGAAAGAAAAUGCCUUGGUUCAGAUGGCAGAUGCAAAUCAAGCUCAACUAGCAAUGAACCAUCUAAGUGGUCAGAGACUUUACGGGAAAGUGCUUCGUGCUACACUGUCCAAACAUCAAGCAGUGCAGCUUCCUCGAGAGGGACAAGAAGACCAAGGUCUGACUAAGGAUUUCAGCAAUAGUCCUUUGCAUCGCUUUAAAAAGCCGGGCUCUAAAAACUUCCAGAAUAUCUUUCCACCUUCAGCCACUCUGCAUCUUUCCAACAUUCCCCCUUCUGUUACAGUGGAUGGUCUGAAGAAUCUUUUCAUAGAAGCUGGAUGUUCAGUGAAGGCUUUUAAAUUCUUUCAGAAAGAUCGCAAAAUGGCGCUCAUUCAAUUGGGAUCUGUGGAAGAAGCAAUUCAGGCCCUCAUUGAGCUUCAUAACCAUGACCUUGGAGAAAAUCACCACCUCAGAGUUUCCUUCUCAAAAUCUACAAUCUGAGAAUUUUUCUCUUUUCUGUGAAUUUUUCUCCUAAAACUGGACCGUAAUUUCAGUAAAACCUUCAGACAUAGACUGAAGCAGCUCACGACCAAUUUUGCCUCUUUCACAAAAAUAACUCUGAGUUUGAUAUUCAAGUAUAUUUUAAAAAUCAAGGGAUGUUCUUUUUUUCUAUCCCCCCUUCCCCACCACUGCCAGUCAAAGGUUUCUUUUCCCUUUGUACCAUGGUUUCUAUGAGAAUAACCUUCAGGAAAAAGAAAAUCAGGAAAAAAAGGUUUUUUUAAAUCAUUUUAUUCCCUAUAUUAAAUUAGAUUUGAAGAGCAUUAACUUUGUUUUAAUUUGGGUCCAGAUCAGCCUUAUACAACAUUUCUAAACUCCUUUGUACUUUUAAAAAAUUUAAACACGCAGACUUCUAAAAUUACUUGAUGGAAGUAAUUUAAAUCGCUUAUGACCAUGUUAUUAACCUUAUGAAUCAGAAGUCUGACCCUUGUAGGAAAUUCUGUUCACUUAAAAAUUACAUCAGAUUUUUGCCAUAUAUCAAUGGUUAUUAUGCAUAAACACAUUGAAUUGUGUGGCAGCAGAUUUAUAAACCUGCAUGUUUUCUUUCAAUGUUCUUUUUUUCCCUAUAAGACACUCCUUUAAAUAAUGCCUGUCUUUAACUUUUUAAGACUAUUUGGAAAACCGAAGUGUCUCAGCUGUCCCCAGGGAAAUUAAGUGGAAUCCAACUAGGAUCUGUUAAGAAGAUGUCAGAAUAACUAAUAAUUUUAUUAGGAAAAAAUCAUGUUUUAAAUUUCAAAUGAUGCUUAUUUGUCAAGUAAUAUGAUCUUGGAAAAUUUUAAAGAAAAAUAAUUCUACUUAUAAACUACUUUUUUAUAAUUGUUUUCAGAAAAAAGUUUACAGUCUUAAGGAAAAUAUUCAGGUCUAUCAUAUGGUUUGACAGAUUUUUUAAAAGUUAUUUUUGGUAAGGUCUUCUUUUAGAAAAAAAUUAAUCUCAAGGGUUUUUUGUACCACUAUAAUCUCUAAUACUCAAAAUUACUGUGUAUUUACUUAAUUUCUUCUUAUGUGCCUUAUUAUGUGCUUAAGAUACAAUAGGUUAGAGUUUAAUCUAAAUAUCUUGAGAGCUAUAUUGCAGACUUCAUAAGCAUUUUGUUUUUUCUUUCUCUCUUUUGGUAAGGAUUUAAAAUUUUUUUAAUUGCAAUUUUAAGUGGUUUUCAAUAAGUAAUAGUUUUUAUCAAAUUUUUGGUGCUUGGUGCAGAGAUGGUGUGGGGAAGGGUGAAUGGUUUGGGGAAUAAUUCAGCGCACACCUGUAGGCCUCUUUACAUUGUGACUAAUAGGGUUUAUUGCCAGUUAUUAUUGCAUAUCAAUUUGGGGCUGUCGAGUGCAAUCUCAGUUUCAUCUUUAUCACCCAUCAAUCAGAAUUUGUCUCAGGAUUACUUGGUUUUUCUCAAUACUCAAGGGAGAACUUGCUUUUCUUUGUUAAUGUAACUUCAUUACUGAGUUUCCACAUAUUUGGAGUAUGAGAGGGGGUUAUUUCUCAUACUCUGUCCCUCUCUUUUUGGUUGAAUGUAAGAGUACAUUUUAAUGUUGCUUCAGUGAUUGUAUAAUGUAAAAUUGUUUCUUUUUAAUAAGAAACUUUGCUAUUAUUCCUUCAAUUCUUAAUCAGAAUUUUUUAAAGCAGAAUUUGUCAAAAGGGUCAUUUUUGUCUACCCCUUUUACAGUUUUCAGAUUCUCAGAGUGUCUCAUCUCAACUUUUAAAAGCAUAAAGAACAUCCUCCUGGG